AUGGAGCUCGUACCAAAUCCAGCUGUGCCAUUUUCACCGCCAAUCAACCUUGACUUUGAAUUUCUUCCGGUCGAUCAACAAUUGUUGAAAGAUGAAAAUGUGGUGAAUCAUGAACGAUUAAAAAGGAUUAAGGAGAAAGUCGAAAAGGCUGCUAGCGCUGCUGAAAAAGCAAGCAGGAACUUCCAAAAGCUAUAUUCAACACUUCGUGAUCUAUCAACAGUAAACAACGACAAAAACGCCACGUGGGACGCAGUUGUACAAAAAUACAUUGCAGAAGAAGGUGGCAAAUCCAUACACGCAAAGAUGUCCAUCGUCAACAACAGCUUGAUUCCGCCGCCGCCAAUAUAUCACAAUUCACAAGUACGAGAUCCUAAUCGUCCAAAGAAGCCGCCAAACGCAUUCAUGAUGUUUUUGAUGGAACAGUGUGAUGAGAUGAAGACAAAGUCGAGCACUGGUGGAUUGCACGCGCCGCAUGUUGGUAAGAUUGUGAGUGAACGAUGGAAAGAAUUGUCUCACGAUCGGAAGAAGUUAUACGAAGAUCGAUACCAGAUUUCAAAAAAGCAAUACGAAGAAAAUAUAAAAAUCUAUAACGCCAAUCGCGAAGAAGAUAUCGAAUCUCAAGAAAUUACUGAAGAAAAAACUCCAAUAAAAAUUAAACAAGAAGAAAUCGAAUACGAUUUCGCUUCUACUAGCGCCGCUACAUCAACACCACCAAAAAGGUCGAAACGUAAUAGCAAAGCUAAACCAUCAUCUUCAACGUCACACGACGUCAACAAUAAAGACGUCUUGACACAAAACACUGGUCAUCGAUCAAUACAACAAACUCCAACCACAAAAAUACGAAAAAACAACCGUAAACAACGAAAAGUUAAGGACGUUAAUCGACCAAAGAAACCAGCCAAUCCCUAUGCAUUGUAUUUAGCAGAACAGUGUUCAUUGAUGAAGCAGAAGUCGGCGCCGGGUGCAUUGAAUGCACCACAUAUUGGACGUGUGGUGUCAGAGCAGUGGCGAAACCUUUCCAAAGAAGAUAAACAGGUCUACAUGGAUCGAUACAACAUCGCAAAAACCAAUUACGACGAAGAAGUGCUACCUCCAAAGCUCCGACAAGAACAAUCCGAUUCCAGUGAUGAGCACGACGAAUUGGAAGGAACUCCUUUAUCAAAUGAUGACCAAGAACGUGAACAUGAUGAACUUCAAGAUGAUUACGAUGUUCCAUUGUUGUCACCGACUAAAAGCAGCUCCAAAGAAAACCAAGAAAAGAUGCUACCGGUUGCUAAAGAAUCCAUCGGGUCCUCGGAACUCGAAGAAAUGCAAGAUGUGGAAUAUAGUAAUGGUGGUAAUAAGAAUGACAAAGCAGAAUCUUCCAUCAAAAAGACCAAGACUACUAUUGAUGGGGAACAUCCACGAACACGAGAAGCACUGAUGGUAGAUAUCGAAAUCACAAAAAAGAAGCACUUGCGAAAGCGUAAAUCUCGUGAAGAGGAUUACGACGGCGACUAUCAAAGAAGAAAAAACCGUGGUAAUCGUCGCGAGUUCGCCGAUGGCCAAGAAGAGAGCAAUGAAGAAGAUUCCGCCGGCGACGAAAGCGAUCACAGUCCCCUUGGGACACCUUCUGCAGAUGGUGAGAUCUCACCGUCAAAAUGGUCGUUGAAAGGCUUGUUUUCGGGGUUUAAACGCCCAAAGUUCUUUCAAUAA